AUGGCGCUGUGGGGAUGGUGGGCUUGCUCUGUCCUCAUCAUGCUCAACCAGACGCCUAGAAUUGUGAUUUCUGAGUUUUUCCUCAUAGACAUUAAAAGGCUUAAAACAGGGCGCGGCCGGCGGCGGGGCAGCACGCGCAUCGAGAAGUGUUACUUCUGCUCGGGGCCCAUCUACCCCGGCCACGGCAUGAUGUUCGUCCGCAACGACUGCAAGGUGUUCAGGUUCUGUAAAUCCAAGUGUCACAAAAACUUCAAGAAGAAGCGCAACCCUCGCAAAGUCAGCUGGACGAAGGCCUUCAGGAAGGCGGCCGGCAAAGAGCUGACGGUGGAUAAUUCAUUUGAAUUUGAAAAACGAAGAAAUGAACCUAUCAAGUACCAGCGAGAACUAUGGAAUAAGACAAUUGAUGCGAUGAAGAGAGUCGAAGAGAUCAAGCAGAAGCGGCAAGCUAAGUUUAUAAUGAACAGGUUGAAGAAACAUAAAGAGCUACAGAAAGUGGAGGAUAUCAAGGAAGUAAAGCAAAAUAUCCAUCUCAUCCGUGCCCCUAUAGCAGACAAAGGAAAGCAGCUGGAAGAAAAAAUGUUACAGAAAUUACAACAGGAUGUGGACAUGGAAGAUGUUUCUUAAAAAUCCCACUGCUGAAAACCAUCUCUAUACAGGCAUUUGAAAAUCUCCUUUGGAGUCUUAGAAUUUUGAAAUCAUUGUUUCAUUUUGUUGUAUGUUAGUUUCUUCAGAUGAAAGGUUUGAAGGUGCGUCCGCCUUGCUAUCUCCAAAGCUUCAGUGAGUAUAGAUGUUAGGUCGUAUCUCUGUGUUAGCCCCUCACUGACAGGUAUAACUUACGUAAGUCUUGAAAAUUCUGUUGUAAAUAGAAAAGUGCAUUGAGAAAAUAAAGUCAUACUGUUUGAAUA